UAUUCCAAACAAAACCAACCGCCUUGCUGUGCAUCGACUCGCAUCUAAAAUGAGCUCGAGGGCAUCAGUAUUCCGAUCCAUUGUUCGCAGCAGAAAGACUUGUCGGCGAUUCCAACCGGGUCGCCGCAUUCCCGAGAAAGUGAAAGAGGACGUCCUCCAAUCCACGUUGGUGCGUUUCUGAAUCGUAUCCGAAACUCUCGGAUCCGUCCGGCGCAUAUUCAUAUGCGCACUUCAGAACUAUCCAUUAACUUUCUGUUGAUUCUGUUACAURUUGUUUUAUCCACAGAGAUCGCCAUCGAGCUUCAACCUACAACCAUCCCAGAUUAUUCUCGUUGAAUCACAAAAUGUGAAGGACGCCUUGAGCGAGGACGCAAUGAUGGGAAUCGGAAACCAGUUCCGAGYACAACAAGCCAGUGCGGUCGCCGUCUUUCUUUCCGAUCUAGAGCCAACAAAACGAGUGAACCGAAUCCACAAACUGGAAAAGGACUAUCGCCACCCGAACUACCGCGCUUCGUUUCCUCUAGCAACUUCUUUUCUGAUUGGAGAAGGCCACGCUGCAAAUCUGAUCAAGGGAAUCGCUACAGACUUGCUCAGUACGGUUCAGCCCAUGCCAGAGAUCGACCCRGUCCAAUCUUGGGCCUACAAAAACACUGGGCUGUUGGCCCAAACCUACGGUAAGAAAACGAUAGUUGAACGGCAGAGUAGAUUCUUUUUUAUUCUUUCGUAAUCUUGCAGUUUUCCUGUUCAAAUAACUGAAGAAUUUUGCUCGGAUUCUGUCUCAAACGGUUCAUUAGUCUACGCAUCGGAAUCUCACGACCUUGCAACUGCAAUAAUGGAAGGUUUCGAUCCGAGGAGGGCUCGAGAAAUCCUCCGCAUUCCAGAUAGGUACGCCAUUCCACUGAUGGUAGCAACCGGGUACGAGUACGAAGAUGAACAAAGUAAAGAAGAAAAACCAACGCCUAGAUUAGAUUUGUCUGAGGUUGUAUUCGCGGAUACUUUUGGRGAURCAUGGGYACCUGGUAUGACUGACGGUGAUCACGAUGGGAACGACGAGGAAGUUGACAAGCCAGCAUCGGUGUAACGUAUCGAUGUUCACAAACGUGCCUCGCUCUGCUACACUUUUCAAUAAACUCCAUGGCGUCCGAUAAAGCACAGGGACCAGUAGUCAGGAAGAAUGGAUUAUGUUACUCAAGCGAACAACGAAUAGGUUUGAAACGGUUGAGUUGAGUUGAUUGGUUCGUCGAUUACCUACCCCCUCCCAGAAGUUAAAAAGGUACCUUGCGUAUGUUGCCCCUCCUAGUAACAUAGAUUUUUAACGUGUGAACUACGGGAGCUGUGACUUCUAAAUCCCGGACCGCAAAAUUCAAAAACAUGUGUUUCAAGUCCUUGUUCGACUCCAAGCGCUAUUUUAUGCAGGUGCAGCAUCACUUCAAAAUCUGGAAAAUUCUCUAAUCUAACGAACGGCACUCUUCAUUUUAAAAAUCAAAUCCACAACAAAUUUGAAUUCAUUCAAAACGAGUACGAUAGGAGUUGUAUAGGUACGCCACUCUGCCGCAUUCGACGAGGAGAGACAGGUGGCUGAACACGAGGAAAAAAUCAUACAACAYMGC